AGGGGGCGGGGUUUACAGUGAGACCCGGACGUGCAGAGCGGCUGGCGGCGAGUACACUUUGGGAGCCCGAGUCUGUGUGGGUGGUUGUCGCCAUGUCUUUCUGCUCUUUUGGCGGAGAGGUUUUCCAGAACCACUUUGAGCCAGGUGUCUACGUCUGUACCAAAUGUGGCUAUGAGCUCUUUUCCAGUCGCUCGAAGUAUCAACAUUCCUCGCCAUGGCCAGCCUUCACGGAGACAAUACAUGCUGACAGUGUGUCAAAGCGUCCAGAGUUUGGUCGGCCAGGAGCCUUAAAGGUAUCCUGUGGCAAGUGUGGCAAUGGCCUGGGUCAUGAGUUUCUCAAUGAUGGCCCAAAAAAGGGUCAGUCCCGCUUCUGAAUAUUCAGUAGCUCUCUGAAGUUCGUUCCUAAAGGCAAUGAAACUUCAGCCCCACAGGGAAAGUAAUUGGGCAGUAGAGAGGAAAUUCUGGUUAUGGACACAUUGCAACCACCAAUUUACUUUGUAGUCAUUGAUUGGAAUUGGAGUUCCUAAAAGCUCAGCCUGGCACACAGAGACCACUGAAGAAACAACAGAGGCCUUGGAAUCAGAAGAUCCUUGGAGGGAGCUUUGAGGCCACCCAGUCCAACCCCUCCUCUGUUGCUGAGACAAGGAAGGGAAAGCUGGAGAAGUGAACCAAACUGCAGACGGCCACACAAGUGGUGAUGGAGUGGGGGUUUAAACCCAGAUCCUCUGACGUCAGAUCUAACACAUUUUCCAAGGUUCUGGACUGUCUUUCCUCAUUUGGGUAGGUUCUUUCUAGAAAAGGGCCGAUAGUUAGGGAGUGCCCAGAGUAAAUAAAAACUCAAUGAUGAACAGCCACCUAUUACAUCAGGUUUGUAGAAGUGAAUUAGAAUUUGGUAGUUGUUGGAGUUUUUUAGUGACAGUGUAAAUUCUAAAUACAUAAACAUUUUAGAUUUUCCCACACUUUUGACCAUAAGGAGAUAGGAUUCUUAGUGUUAGCUGGUCAUUCAUUUCCUGUUUAAUCUCAUCAUAUUCUUUAUCAGUGUGCCUUCUCCCCUCCUGAGGUUCCAAAUGAUGAUCUUCUGAACUCCAUCUGGUCUAGUUUUGAAAGAGAAUUUGAUUGUAAGUAGCAUAAACCAGAUUUCCACAAAACGUUAGCAAAGAAUGCAAAUCCUGAAAAUCUUAUCCUGUUAUUUUAGCUUGGGGUCACAGUAUGAAUUACCCUGGUUAAACCCAUGUAGGAUGACCAUGGUGAUGAAGGUUAGUGACCAGGCCAGAAAACAGGACAGAUUUUUUUAAUCUUGAUUUGCAUACAAUAAAUUUUAAAGAUAGAUUUUAAAAUGUUUCACUGCAACUUGUGUUUCUUAGCUUGGGAAACACAUAGUUGGUCAAUUACCUCUGAAUGUGGAAAGGGCUACUUCCCUUUACUACAUUUAAGCAUUUCAUCCUUCCGUUUUUGCUUGGCACCACCCUCAUUUUAACAUCCUUUUUUCCCCCUUGGGCAAUGAGGGUUAAGUGACUUGCCCAAGGGCACACAGCUAUUGUCAAGUGUCUGAGGCUGGAUUUGAACUCAAGUCCUCCUGAAUCCAGGGCUAGUG